AUGGUGACAGUGGUGAGCAGUCCUCGCUCCCCAAGUGCAGCCGGUUCUGCAGAUACUCCAACUGAAACAGAUUACUUAAAGAUCGCUAAGAAAGGUGGAGGACACAAGGGUAAGAUUUAACUUUAUGAACGUCAACUUUGCAACUUGCGUUGACUUACAAACAGUCUUCAGACAGACUCGUUUUUGGAAUUGCCGCUAGAAUAGUUGCAUUUUCCAAUUUACUAGGGAAAGAAAGGUAAUUUCAGUAGAAGAUUGGCGCUCUGUUCUGUUAAGCUAACUGGCCCGAAGUGAAGAAACGGACACUCGAUAGAGUGCAUGUGGCUAGAAAUGUGGAAACAGUUCAGUGGAAAUUUUGUUUUUAGCAGUUCGUGUAAUUAAUUAAUUAAUUAAUGAAUUAACCGCGGAGGUCGCGGGUUCGAUUCCUGGGACCGGACCAACACUCAGGGUCUUAAAAUAACUGAGAAAUGAAGGUACUGCCUUUGCCCUGCAAAUGGCCACACGUUCGCUUGGCUCGGAUGACCACGUAAAAUGGGGUCCCGUUUCCUGUAGGAGACGUAAAAAUAGUCCCCCCGAUUAGUAUUUUCGUGCUAAAUACAUUGACAAUCAAAUAAAGUGCAUUUUUUUAAAACUAAAUAUGUCCUAGCCUAACACAGCCUAACUCAGUCUUCCACAACUCGCUCCAUUUACGUUUGAACUGAGGCAACUAAUACUUUGCUCUGCAGAUCUGUUAGUAGUAGAACCCAACACACCAAGAAGCGAACCAGUCAAGUAUGACAAGAAGGACGGACACUGGUACACACAUGAUGGAGUAGAUGUUAAGGACACACAACAGAGAAAAGGUGGGAGUCGCUGGUUGAUGAACGACAGAGAGUGUUACUAUACAAAUAAGUCUAAAUUGCCUUAAAGGAUUUUAAUUAUGGAUGUAUUCGGUUGGUUAUUUUUUUCCUGGGGGUGGAGGGAGGGUGGUGGAGACUGUGAAGAACUGUUGUCAAGAACAUCGGUCUUGCACGCGCACACAUAGUUAUUUAAAGUGUACAGACUGCAAAUUAUAGUAGUUUCUAAAAAGUAUAUCAACGUGUCGUAACUGUUCAUCAGUAGCGGCACAACAGUCUUGCAAAACCUUUUUGGUUUUCCCCAAUAAAACGGUAAAGAAGGAAAUCCAUAAAAUCCACCUUGAGGGUGGAUUUUUCGUCGCUGAAGUAUAGUAUUGGGUAGCAUUUUUGACUAAAAGUAAUCCUGAAUAGUCAUGGACGUCCUUGGGGAAAAUGAAAAUCUUAAGUCCCCCGGGGAAAUCAAAUCUAUUACCUCCCAGAUCACCCUUUUUAAACGUUCUCAGUGUUGAUUUAUUCCUCAUAUAACAUCACUUACAGUGAUCUCAAGUUCCGUUUAUUCAUUUGAAAUACUUUUAUUGGUUGUAAAGCAGUAAUACGUUAAUGUUUUGUUCUGUAUGAUUCCACUAAUCUCUAACCUUCUAACCCCUAACCCUCAGAAAUGGUAACAGUGUGUUGUAACAGUCCUCGUAAAUCAACUUCUGGAGGGCAUGAAGGUUAGCUUUUUUCUUUGAAGUUUCCUUCUAGCUCGUGUUUAUCUGGCAAGAAGAAAACACCAAAUUUAAUAGAAAUCUUGGUAACAUGUAUCACUAACUUAAUUUAACACAAUUCUCUUUAAUUUUUCAUUGCAUUUUACUUGUUUGUGUUGUUUCUUUUCUCUUCUCUGCACAUGCAUGCAUUCUUUUGUAUUAUACGAACAGUGUUAUUGUUAGUUAGAAGUAAAUUUUUCUUUAAGCUGAAGUUUUUUGCCGGCAGCGUGCCCUCUUAUUGACUACCUCGAGGUCAUGUGACAUCUAUUAAUGAUAAAUAGCAAAUAUGCCUGAGCAGUUGACAACGUUGCAAAAUCUAUGAUGUCAGAGGGUAACAGUGCCUGGAACCCGCGAAUAUUGACUAGUACUCUGUUUUGAUGCGGGGCUGCUGGAUUUACUUGCAAUUUCUCUCAACUGAACGGAUAACUAAUUCUCCGCAGAAUCGUAGUUUGUGUUAGAAACUGAAUCCAAACAUCCUUUUCUAAAUGUUUAUUGUUUUGGUUAAAAAUUUCUUCACUUUACUUCACGGACAUUUUUUGAAAGGAUUUCUCUUUAUCCUCGUGAUUCUUAGCUUCACCAAGUCCACGUGCAGAUAAAAGCGAUGACUCAGAUUACUUGAAGUUGGCAAGGAAAGGAGGAGGUCAUAAUGGUACGUUGUAUCAACUCUUUAAGCCCCAAGAUCCACAUACAAAUUCUCCAGACUGGUCUCCACACAUUUCCUUAAAGAAUGAGUUAAGAGAAUUUGAUAAAAGAUCAAAGCAUUUUCCCUUUGGUGAUCUUUAUAUUUGUUCUCAUAAGCUUUUCUCGUGAUGUUGUACGGAUAUUGUUAGGAGAAAAUUCAUGUUGAUCAAUAUUGGGACUGAAAGGAUUAAUAUGGUUUUAGCAGGCUUAGCGCAAGCACAAGUGUAAGAGUCUUGUUUCAAGUAAGAAAACAUUUACAAAAGCGUGGACACACGAAAAGGAAGAAUUUUGAUCCUUGUUUUUUUUCUCGCGUUCAUGUUUAUGCCAUAAUACUUAAUUUUCUCGCAGAUUUAUUAACAAUGACACCCCACACCCCCACCCCUGAACCAGUGAGGUAUGACAAGAAGGACGGACAGUGGUACACUCAUGAUGGAGUGGACGUCAAGGAGACCCAGUCAAGGAAAGGUGAGAGAAUAUGUUUAUAUUUCUUGAAUUCAUGCACACACUGAGUUGAAAAAGUGUAUUGAUUCUGAUUUGAAAUCAAGAGGCUUUCAGUUGCUCUUUGUACAAUGUCAUAACGAUGGAUCUUAUACUGAGCAAAGAUGAAUACGUCUUGGUCACUAAGCCGAAUUAAAAACAGGAUUGUGAAGCUACAAGAUAAGAAUAUUUAGUUCGAUUAGGCAAAUACUUUGCUGCAAACAGGCCUAAAAGCUGGCUAAGUUUUACAACAGAAAGAAGAAAAAACAGACUAGAAAACAAAAUGGAUAUCUUUUGCUUUGUCUAGUCCACUGAAUAAAACGAUUGCUUCUCCCAUGACAACAUCCUGUUUAAAACUGAAUGGACCACAAAGGCCAAGUCAAACGAACAAUAACAUAUCUAGGUGGAGGGGGGAGGGUGGUAUGGACUUUUCCCUUGGCCAGCGAACGAGCUCUCCCAGGGCUCCCGGAGAGCUUACAUGUGCAUUUUUAGCCUGGUAAUUCACGGGAAGAGACCACACCCAAAGCAAUGCGAUGUUCAAGUGACCCUUCUUCAUAUAUAGGUUAUGUAAUCAGCUUUGUUUGAUGGUUGUAUUUAUUCUUUAGGCACACCCACUCGGAUUCCUCGUAAAAACUUGCAUGUUACAAAAUUUGACGUCAACUCUAACACAGACUAUCUUAAAAUUGCUAGAAAAGGCGGUGGCCACAAAGGUAACAGUGUAAGCUAAAACAGUAAUUAAAAUAAACUACUAACGCUCAUAGUACUAAUGUACUAAUUUAAUAUGCUAAUGCUAAUACAUCUAACAACUAUAAUGGUAAUGAAACGUAAUGCAAUAGUGUAAGGUUGGGUUAAUGUAAUUACAUAUGUGUACCUUGCAUAAUUAAUAAUAAUUGCAUACCUUUUUUGGCUGAAAGAAGGCUUAUCUCCUCGCUCUUUGCACAUUAAAGAUUAGUGACAUCACAACAUAACCUUUGUUUUCUACAUUUUAUCAAGGUGAAGAAACGGCUUGAAAACUGAAAUUUAAUGGUAUUGUGUUAAUAAGAAGAGUAUGGGCAUUGACGAGUUGGAGAGAACCCUGGGAACGAGGUUGAUGUUACUUGAAUUUACAGGUCAAGUAGCAGCACAUUUAGACGAAACCUUACAAGGAACUUCUUGUCCGUGUUUCCUUGCUUUUACCUCUAGUAAAAGCGCAGCCUCCUUCCCAGUCGUCCUCGGCGAUGACGUCACCUGUCAAGCUUGUCUUGUCUUGCUGGUCAUUCGGAUAGCGCGAAUUGGCCUGGGUACGAGGCUUGUGAAAGCGUUUGUUUUCACAAUCUUUGAGUGUUUCGAAAUGUGAUGUGCUUGGAUAUUGUUCUUACAGAUCUGCUAAGCCACACACCCUCCCCUGAACCGAGGAGAUCUGAAAAGAAAACAGAUAACCAAGAUCAUGUUGAUGGAGAUAAAUCAAAAGGAAGAAAAGGUAAAUUUUCGUAGGCGUUCUAUUUUUUUUCCUUCCUAGCCUGAGAAAACAGGCGACAUUUUCGCGACGCCACUAAUGAUUUCCCCGCGAAAUAAAGUCUGAGGAACGAGCGCAAAAAAUCAAGCCUAUACUCAACUGAACGAUCUUAUUGCGCCUAGUUAUGUGAACAAUCUGUUUUACUCUUUAUUUGUUACCUUUGGUAGGUUCUCCCGCCUCGUCAAGCCCUCGUGACAUCAAUACUGACACCGAUUAUCUCAAGACGGCACGGAAAGGAGGUGGCCAUAAAGGUACGUAUUUUCAAUGCUUUUAGUUUCUUAAUCAAUCAUUGAGAACCCGGAUCAACGUUCAGGAAAUACCGUGCAUUUCAUUUUGUGAAAACAAAAACAAAACAAGUAGUACAUGUGAAAAAAACUGCUGAAGACGUUUCAUAUGAAUGGUAACACCAGAGGCUUUUUUCCACAGAAUCACAUAUUAAAAUUGCGGGACACAGCUUAAUAACUCGGUUAUGGAAUCUCGUUAUUUAAUUCUAGGCGCUGGGAGUGAAACGCGGUUCAACUAGAUUUUGUUUUAUCUAACAGAUCUACUAACAAUUGAACAUCAUAAACCCAGUCAAAAACCAAAGAAGCAAGAAAAGAGACUUGGAGACUGGUAUUAUCACGAUCAAACUGCGGGCAAAGACUCUGCAAAAACAAAAGGUUUGUCAUCUUAGUCCUUAGUUUAUUAAACAAAACCUCGCCUGAAUAAUGGUACUCCCUGGAAAAUGCCACCUUCAUCCAGACUCUAAAGUUUGAACGAGCUUGUACAGCAUAAUAAACGGUACCACAGCAAAGUACUGCUCAGUAGCUUUCAUUUGAAUGGUCACACCGUAGAAUUUCAUCCACAGACUCAAAAGUUAGAACCACCUUGUACAGCAUCAUAAACAGUACCACAGUAAAGUAUUGCUCAGUAGCUUUCAUUUGAAUGGUCACGCCUAAGGAUUUUAUCCACAGACACUAUAAUGGUUUAUCACUUAUUUGUCGUUUUGAUGUCAAAUGUCAGUUACUGCUGAAUUAUGUUGCUCUUUCAAAAAACUACAAAACAGCUGGCGACUCAAAGAAACUCCGACUGUGUUAUGAGAGUAUCAUCAUUAUUAUUUGUUUUUCAGAUUCUCCUUCUCCUUCCCCUAUCAGCAGCCCGAGAAAAUCCACUUCCGAUUCUUCACAAAGUUCAGACUACUUGCGAAUGGCCAGAAAGGGAGGUGGCCACAAAGGUGUCAACACGUUUCUUCUCUGCGCUGUUCUCUAUAUAUGAGGGUCCUCAAUAGGUUUUUCGGGACCCGGAAUUUCCCUUACUUGAAGCUCGGGAUUCGGGAUUUAAAAGCAAAAUCGGGCAAGAUUCGGGAUUGAAAGUAUGGGCGCGAGUUAGAAUGCCCGAAAGAACCCUCGGGAUUACGAGAUUGCACGAAAUUUUGGGUCGGAAAUACGGGAUUGAAGAACCCUAUUCGGGACCCUCUAUAUAUUUCUGAAUGUGGAUUUCCACGGUCGAGUGAUUUUUACGUGCGCAAGCACACACGUAAAUUUUACGCGCGUAAAUAAUAGGCAGUGUAGGGAAGGUCUGCGUAGACGUAAUGAAGUUGAACCUCGCUCAACUUUUACGUUUACUCGCGACACUUAAUACAUUGCUCGACAGUGAAAAUCCACCUUUGUAGUACUAGUGGGGAAAAUUUGUUAAAAUAUCAAGAUACUUUUACCUUCAGUGGACAUGUUCUUUAUUCUCAUUGCCUGAACAUUUGAUAGAGCUGUGUUUUGCAGUAUUUUGUUUCUGGCCUUCAAUUUACUCACUUACUUACUUCCGGAAUCUGUAGUACAAUUAGUUAAUUAACUUCCCUUUUUUUACAGACUUGCUAUGUAUGACACCCCAAUCAACAUCCACUCCUAAACCCAAGGAAGUGAAACAAAAUGGAGGUAAGUUGGGAAUAUUGAAACACGCAAAGUUUUGCAGGGCUGUCACCAAAAUUUCUCUUAGCGGGAUAGAUGGAAUAAGUAGGCAGGGAAUUGAUCAUCUUGGAAGUUCUUUCCCUGUAGUUGCCGAUGAUAGUAUCCGGGAGUCUUGCUCUUAGUAGCCUUGAGAAAUCCCGGUCACUGGCCUGAGACACUCCGAGCCGUCGGGUUUUCUGUCAUUUUGGUUUAGUCAUUUGUAAUCUUCUACGCAGCCACACAACGUUGUGAGACAAAUAACAACUCGCAGAAGACUACUUUGAUUAUAGCUAUUAAAAGUUAAUGAGGGAAACGAUUGUUUGCAGAUACAACUCCAGUUAGCAGUCCGCGUAACAGCACAACUCCAGAAUCAACUGAUUAUCUACGGCUUGCUAGGAAAGGCGGCAGCACUCCAGGUAAGACAAAGAGUACAAAAAGAAAUACAGUGGAAUUCCGUUAAUGCGACCCCCGGUGGGCCAUAAAAUCCUGUUGGUAAUAACGAGGUGAUCGUAUAAACGGGUUCUUCAAAAUGAUGAAAUGACGCCGUUUUUUACUUUGGGGUCGAAAGAAUAUGGCCGUAGGUAAUAACGAGGUGGUCGUCAGGCGCGGGCUUCCCCUAUAAUACUUAGAGUUAAUGAGUACUAUAGUUAUGAACUGUGCAAUAAACCUAUGUUAACAGGCUACUUUUAUAUGAAGCGAUGAUGUGCAUUUGAACUCAUCGCAAGUGAGAUUGCUCAUUUUAAAGGAUAACUGAGGAAAUUGAAUGAUCUGUACAUACGCUAAUAACUAAACCAAGAAAAAAAUAGACUGGUAAUUUUCCUUUCGUCUUUAGAACCCAGUAUCCGGGAUUCUCCAUUCAGACGGAGUGCAAGCAUGCGUGUUACAUCUAAGAAUACUGGAUCUGAUUAUCUCAAUGUAGCAAGAAAAGGAGGACAUCACAAAGGUUGGUUUCUUGUCGCUUGAACCCUCUGAACACCAAGUUUCAUUUACUUUGUUACUCAGUACCUCAGAUACUACCUUAGGUAGCCUGCGAACAACCUCUUCAUUUAGGGGAUAUCGUAAAAAGUACACGCGCGAGAGGCACGCGAGAAGAGACGCGUUCUCGCGCGGCUUGCUUCGCUCGUCCAAAUUUCCCACUCCAGAAACUAUAAGGGAAAUUGGUACAAGCUUUCGGCAAUGCGCAAUGAUUUCUGGGAUCAUUUGGGUGGAUAAGCGUUACUUGUGAUUGGUUCAUGGUUUCCUUGAAUACCAUCGACCAAUCAUAACUAUUGCUUGUCCACCCAAACGAUCCCAGGUGAAAUCGUUGCGCCGAAAGCUUGUUCCCAUUUCGCUUAUGGCCUCUAGAGUGGGGAAUAGGAGAGCUUGCUCGCAGACUGUACCUUUUGUUCUUUUCUUUUCUUUCUCCAAUAUUUUGUUUUCUGCUUUCAUGUAAAUUCGGGUUCUUUUUGCAAUCAGUGUAUUGCGGGAGCUAUUUCUUGAAUCACUCAGCAACUCUUCACUGAAAAGCGGCAGCAGCUUUAUGGCUGGUACAACUUAAAGGUCAAGCGGGCUCAUAUUAUACUCUUGUUUCUUUUCUCUACCUAACCAGACUUGUUAACGAUGCCUGACACAGAAACAAGUAACUUCCGGAGAGGUACGUAAAUUGUAUUGAAAUACUACUCUGUUAGAGCACAAAAUAUGUUUGCUUUAACUAAUCACAACAGUCCCAGACUCGAAAAGUAAACGCGCGCGUGAAAGUCACGAUUUGUUUUAAUUUUACUUCUGAUUGGUUAAAAAAGUGGUGCGGUUUUCUUUAGCCAGUCACGCAGCGUAUAAACAACACAAAACGGAAGGCAAGCUGUUAUAAAAUUUGCCAAUUAGAAUUUUUAAAAUUAAAUGUAGUGUGUGCCCAAACUUCAUUGAAUCUCCCCCGAUCUGUUUUCUUUCAUCUCGCGCAAUCCCCGCUACCUGAACCCCUGGAAAAGGCUAAAAUAUCUUGUGCUUGGGUAAUAAAAAAUAUUGUUUUCUAUAUUGUUUGUGUAGAUCAAGCAUCCCGUAGAAGUUUAAGAAGGUAAGGCUCAUCACCGCUCUAGCGGUUCUUUUUUUACGCUUAUAUUCCAUGCUCAAAACAUAGAUUCUCCUUACGUUUUUGCUCAAGCGAAUUGUUGUUGUAAAGAUGAAUUAGAUUAUUGAUCACGAUUAUAAAACUGCAGUUUCAGAAGUCCAUUGGCCUCACAAAUAGAUGGACCACCUCGUCCCAGGACAGCCGAGCCUCGUCAAUCCAAUCCUAUAUGGCUGGGAGGAUCUGGGCCUGAACGAGUUCAUAACCCAGGCAAAAGAUUCAUUAACCAAAGUUCAGUCAUUGCGCCAUUUGCUUACCAUCAUGGGUCCCCAGGGUGAGUGGUUGUUCAGGUAACGACGAGAGGGAAAGGAAACAAGAAAGUUUGCUUUAUGCUUUUUUAAAAUUUGUCAACGUAUUAUUUUUAAUACUUCUUCUCUGAAGAAAUGGGUCGUUACCCCUCUCCCCUAAUUGUGUUCACCCACCCAUUGUAAAAUCACAAACGGUGCAGACAGUCACGUGAGUAAAGCGCGGGAAAACUCUUACGGUUGCGACUGAGUUUGGUUCUAUUUCUAAUUGGAUAAAAAAGUGGCCUGAAAGUUUUGAGCCAAUCACAUAGCGAAGCAUUGCAAAACCGAGUAGUGCAGUAGAACGAGCUUGCAGUGGAGGCCAGUGCGCCAAAAAUAUGGCAGUGUAUAAAAAUUAAUUGCCAAUGGAAAAGGUUUGAUCCUUUCCUUGUUCCUUAAUCAACGAAACGAAAUCCAUGUAGCCAUUGCAUAUCCUCACUCUAACGUUUUCUCUUUUUUCUCUUAUUAAAGGGCCGCCAAGAACCCGGAUAAGAUUUAACGAAAAAAAAAAAAAUCCCACCACUUAAAGAGUUUCACGUCACACCUAGAAAGAUAAGACAGAUCCGAGAAAAAUUUUAUUUAAAUAAUUUUGUCUAACUUAUACUACAUAAGUUUGUAUAGUUCUUAGAGUUUUAGAAGUCUGUC